UGGUUCCGGGUUUAGUCCCACUGCGUGGCACCUUGAGUAGAUGUCCUCUGCUAUAACUCUAGGCUGACCAAAGCCCUGUGAGUCGAUUUGGUAAACGGAAACUAAAAGAAACCCGUCGUAUAUGUGUGUGUGUGUUUAUCUCCUAACAUCGCUUAACCGGUGCUGGUUUGUUUACGUCUCUUUAACUUAGUGGUUCAGGGAAAAGAAGUUGAUGGAUAAGUACCAGGCUUUAAAAGAAAUGGUAAAUUUUUUGAGUGACUCGAAAUAUUUUUUCCGUUUAGGGUGAUGCCCCAGCAUGGCCGCACACUAACGACUGCAACAACAAAAGAAAAUAAUUUUUAAAAGCUUACCAAGGGAGAUAACUCUUAUAUUACUUCUUCGAACAUGGCGGCUGCGGUAUUGAGAAACCUCGUCCGAGUCAGUAUUUUUUCCAAUUACUCGAUAAUCAGACAUUCUUGUCCACGUUUAUUCUCUAGUAAUGCACGAACAUCGUUUGCCGUUGUUUACGAAGAGAACGGAGAUCCUAAAAAAGUACUGAAAAGUAAGGAGCAUCCAUUGCCCUCUAAAAUCAAGGACAACGAUGUUUUGGUGAAAAUGUUGAUGUCACCUAUUAACCCAUCGGAUAUCAAUAUGAUCGAAGGAACGUACAUGAUAAAGCCACCACUUCCUGCUAUCGCUGGAAAUGAAGGUGUCGGUGAGGUUUUGGAAACCGGUAAUAACGUGAAAAAGUUCAAACCUGGAGACUGGAUCCUCCCUCUGAAAACAGCUUCUGGUACAUGGCAAACACAUGCAGUCUACGGUGAAUCCGAAGUACAGAAGAUCCCGAACGACAUCCCGCCCUUAGUAGCAGCUACUAUCGCUGUUAAUCCUUGUACUGCUUACAGAAUGAUGAAAGAUUUCGUCAAUCUUGAACCUGGUGACGUGAUUAUUCAAAAUGGUGCUAACAGUGGUGUUGGUCAGGCUGUUAUUCAGUUGGCCUCUGCGUGGGGGCUUCGGACCGUCAACAUAGUUCGAGCGAGACCUGACAUCGAUGUACUAACAACCGACCUGAAAUCACUAGGUGCUACCCAUGUUGUCACUGAGGAAUUCUGUCGUACCCCUGAUAUGAAAGCUUUGAUGAAGGAUCUCGGCAAAGCACCGAAAUUGGGCUUUAACUGCGUUGGCGGAAAAGCGGCCACCGAACUUCUUCGAAACCUUGCCCCUAACGGUUACAUGGUUACCUAUGGCGGUAUGUCUAAACAACCGGUUACUGUUCCUACUGGUGUGUUUAUUUUUAAAUCCUUAAAGCUGGUUGGUUUUUGGAUGAGCCAGUGGAAUAUUGACAAUUUCAACACACCCCAAAAAACCGAAAUGCUGCUAGAUCUUUGUCAUCUGGCACGCCAGUCUAAACUAUUAGCGCCAAUUUCUGAACUGGUUCCUAUCACAUCCUUUGAUAAAGCAAUUGCUGAGGCUCUCAAGGGAUUUAGUAAGAAACAAAUUCUUGUUAUGGAUAAAACUUUAUUGUGAUCUAAAUAGCUUAAUGGAAGGACCAAUAUAUUUUUAAGACUUGCGUAAAACUUUUCUAUUAAUUAAAACACUGAAAGCUGUAACAAUUAUCUCAUGCAAUUAAUGUAAUAGGUAAAGCUUUAAACAUAUUUUAAAUAUAUUAUUCAUAUAUAAAUAUCUUUGCACAAUAUAUAUUUGUGAAAAUA